AAAUCCAAAACUAUAUUAAAAUUUUCAUAUACUGGAACGCCACUGGUCAGUUCAAUUACAUUAGUAAUUUCGCAAUUAGCAUUAUAAACACAAGGGUGACGGCAGGCAAACGACACUUGGCUGCACCAUGGGCGUGAAGAAAAGUCUAGGAGCCAUUAAAAGAGGCAUGUUCCUUCUAUCUACAAGAAAGUAUUUCCCCCACACCAACUUAUUCUUGCAUCUUUUGUUCAAGAACCACAUUCUCGCAUAACUGUACAAGAAGCUCCAUUAGUGUAUGAGAAUGGAUACAAGAUGGCUGGGGGCAGCUCAAACUGGAAACACAGAUUAUUUGCACCAAUUACUUGUAGAAAAUCCUCUCAUCCUCAACAAUAUUGCAUUAUUCUCAUCAGAAAAUCCUCUUCAUAUUGCUUCCACUGCUGGACAUGUUGACUUUGUCAAAGAGAUUUUAAGGUUGAAGCCAGAAUUUGCCGAAGAAAUAAACCAAUAUGGGUUUAGUCCUAUGCACAUGGCUGCGGCCAACGGGCAUGUUGAGAUCGUCAGGGAGCUGGUGAAAGUUGAUAGGGGACUGUGUCGUUUAGAGGGAAAAGAUGAGAAGACUCCUCUUCAUUGCGCAGCUAUCAAAGGAAGGACUGACAUAAUUUCUGUAAUUCUCUUGUCUUGUCCUGAUUCUGUUGAAGAUGUAACUGUUCAAGGAGAAACUGCUUUGCAUCUGGCUGUUAAAAGCAGCCAAUUUCAAGCAGUAAAGGUAUUGGUGGAUUGGAUUAGAGAAAUGAACAGGGAAGAUAUUUUGAGCCCCAAGGACGAGUUAGGCAACACAGUUCUGCACAUUGCUGCCUGGAAAAAACAACGUCAGGUGAUGGAUUUGCUUCUUGCUAAUGGCACUAAUAAUGGAGGCAUUGUGGAAGUGAAUGCCUUAAACAACAGUGGCCUCACUGCCCUUGAUUUGCUACUGAUUUUCCCAAGUGAGGCAGGUGACACAGAAAUGACAGAAAUCCUUCGGCGUGCUGGAGCUAUACCAGCGAAGGACAUCAACCACUCUCCCAUUUAUUCAUCUCAAUCAGUCGAUCAUACCUCAAUAAGCAACCCUACAAGGCCACAGACUUGUCACACACAACAGUCAAAUAACUUGCUGGAUUAUUUCAAGUUUAAGAAGGGACGAGACUCUCCUAGUGAGACACGCGGUGUACUAUUAGUCAUCGCAGUUCUAGUAGCAACCGCAACCUUCCAAGUCGGAGUUAACCCUCCAGGAGGUGUUUGGCAAGACACGUUUAUACCAGAUCAAAAUAACAGCAACAAACCCAUUACCAUAAAACCACAUUAUGCAGGAGAUUCGAUUUUGGCCACAUCUAAUCGAGUUGCAUUUGCACUAAUCGUUAUUUUCAACUCUAUAGGAUUAUCAGUCUCUCUUUUGAUGAUCAACAUCCUCACAACUAGGUUCCCCUUGCAAUUUGAGCUACAAAUGUGCAUAGUUGCAAUCUAUUCCACUUACAACACUGCAUUAAUAAGCAUGUCACCAGAUGAAAUAAAGCUCUAUGUCAUAUUGACCACUACAAUCUUGUCUUCACUGACAACAGUCCUUAUCAGUUUUAUAAGACGGCAUGCAAAAAAGGUUAUAAAGUUUAUUGUUGACAGGUUUAGUUGGUAAAAUUAGUGGUUUGUGGUACAUGUAAAACUAUCUUUUGCCCGACCAAAUGAUCAGUCUUUGUUGAUGCAUUUUGAGGGCAUUUUGUGUCAAUUACUGUAACAGCUAGUGGUGGUAAAAUCUCUGGUGCCUGCUUUCAAGGAAUUCAUUUUGUAACCGUUUGCUUGGCAGAAAAUCCAGUUCAGAAGCAAAUUCUCAAA